AUGAGCGUGAAGGAAGCUAUGAAGCCACCUAAUGGAAGAAAGAUCGUACUCAGGUUUAACAGUGCACUGCAACUAGUUGGGGAUGAAGCAGGUAUAGUGAGCGGUGUUAUGGGAAUGCUAGGAUCUGAUUACACCAAAUUCCCAAUCUGUGAGAAGGACUGGAGAAAGGAAAUGUUCCAUUUUGAUGAAGAUAGUAGAGGAAUUAUCAAGCGUAUAAUAUUCAAAAUGCUAGGAAGGGGGAAGUAUAAGAAAAAUGCUGAGAACCGAUCAAAGCAGCUUUACACCCAUACUGGCGGAUCGAAAAGCUUGGCAAGGCUUGGAGAAGAAGAGUCAGAACGACAAGGGAGGAGAGUUAGUAGAGGAGAGUUGUAUCUUUUAACGCACAAAAGAGCUAAUGUCUCCUAUGUCCAUGAUGCAGCUCGGGCUAUUGGAGAAAGAAUUGAGGCUAUUGAGCAACGUGAUGAAUCCUCUAGACUGUUGUCUCAUAAUGAUUCACUUGCUCAAACUCUCGAAAAGGAGCACCCGGGUAGGGUGCGUGGCAUGGGGUUGGGGCCGACUUCUAAUCAAGUCUUCGAUAUGAAUUUCCAUCAACCGAGCAAUGGUUUUGAAAGGAAGGAGACCCAAAGGGUGCUGCUUGAACUACAAGCAGAGUUGACAGCCGAAAAAUUGAAAAGGAAGGCAGUGGAGGAUGAAGUAGCAGCCGAGAAGACCAAAAGACAGGCAGUGGAGGAUAAAGUAGUAGCCGAGAAGACAAAAAGACAGGUAGUGGAGGAUAAAGUAGUAGUUGGGAAGGUAAGGAUGCAGGCAAUGGAGAGUGCUUUGAUAUGUCUACUUCAAGGGCAAGGUGGGAAACUGCCAUCAGACGUCACCGCAUGGAUGAGUGCGUUGGAGGAACAGAUUAGAAAGUAG